GCAGCGGAUAAACGGCGGGGUGACCGUUGUAGGCCCCCGGGUUAUGAUGCGGAAGUAGAAUCUGUUUUCUGCUUCCGGGUCACGCUGUUGCUGCCGUUGGAGCGAGCGAGUUAGGCGGGGCCACGAGUACAAGGGGCGAAGCUUGGAAACCGGAGGGGGGCGGGGCGGGAGAUCAACGUUGCAGGUCUCCCGCGCGCCCAGGCCCGUCACGUGCCCUCCCGGAAUAUGGUGGGGUGGGAGGGUCACGUGUUUCACACGUGGCUCCUGCCCCUCACGCGGCGCUGGCCAGUGGCCGCGGGCGCGUUCCCGGCCCCGCACUCCCAACUGCUCGCGUGUCCGUUAGCGAGCGACUGGGAAAGCCAACGGCCCCGUUCCCCGCUGGGCGGGUUCCCGCCUGAUUCCCCUGCCUCUCUCCCCGCCUCCUCCCAGCUCCGCUGCGGGGUUCCCCUGUGGCGGCCCUGGGCGCCAGCGGGCCGAGCGCGGUUCUUGCCGGCGUGGGGCUGCUCGCACCCGCCCUGUCAGGCCUUAGCGCCUUUGGUUGCAGACGAAUCCGGGCCUCGCCUGGUGCCUGCAGCGCGCUGGGCCUCGGGCCGGCCGCUUGCAGCCCUGGCCUGGCCUGAGCCCAAGGCGGCGAGUGGCCGGACUUGGCCGCAGCGCAGCGCGUGUCGGCUGAAGGCUCGCCCUGGCCCUGGCCCUGUGUGGGGCCCCUCUGAGCUGGCACGGACCUGCCCUGCUUUCCAGCUCCCUGGCCGCUGUGGGGCCCGCUGCAUUGAUUUUAAUGGGAGCUACUUGGGGGCCUGGAGCCGGCCGAGGAGAAAAGACACCAGGCAACAGCCAACUCUUAAAGCAAAAGUUGUCUUCAGAGCUGUAAAUUCCAGAUGUUAAAGGUGACUGGCAAGCCACCUCUUCAGGUGCCAGCAACUGCAGCAGUAUAGUCAAUAGACCAGUAGUCAAGCUGAAGAGGGUGCAGGUGGACCAGUGAGGACUAGCACCCAUUUAACUACUGAUGUCACAUCAUGCAUGGAACCCUGCCUAGGAAUAUGGCUCAGAUAAACGUUGAGCGUUAUAUUUAACAAUCCAGAGCAUGACUUCUGUAAAAUUUCCUUUUAAAUAUAUAAAAAGGAUCUAGGGGAAAAAAAUAAAAACCUAUAGGCUUCUAGGUAACAUGCUAAAUGCCACUUGUCAGGCCUGAUCCAGCACCCACUGAAGUCAAUAGGAACUCCCAUGGACUUUGGAUAUUAUAUUCAUCUCUAGUCAGUAUAUUUGAGGCAUUCCACACUUGCAGUACUCCAAUGGACCCCAGAUGAAGAUGUUUAAUCACUUAAGAAUAAGCAGAAAUUCUUAAGUUAGACAUGGAACCUGUUGCAAGGAAGAUCUUCAAAGGAGUUUUACUUUUGGAAGUGGCUGGGAUUGCUGGAGCAUAUUUACUGUUUCACAGAAUGGACACAAAUCAAGAUUUUAGGCAUACAAUGAACAGGAGAUUUCCAUCCAUUCUGGAAGUUUAUUACAAAAGCAAUGAAUGGGCUGGAGUUUAUGGAAUAAAGGAGAAGGACCAACUGAAAUGGCACAGCAGCAAAAAUUAGAAGCCUUUGUGUUUGAACUGUUUUUUCUUCUUGAUGAUAUUUUUCACAUCUCUGUUGUGGAGCCAAUUAUCACGCUCUGCUUCCCACUUGAGCUGUUUGACACCUACAAAGGAAGAGUAGGAACAUGACAAAUAAGAGGUGGAGGAUAACUGAUGUUUGGUAUUUGAAUAAAUAAAUUCAUAGAACACCAAUAAAAUGUGAACCAUUGGAUUUUUCACCUCAGAAGAAAUUUUUCCAUUAUGCAGAAACUAUUAUAACCUGGAACCUUUUGAACCUGUUGCAAAGGCACGAAUUUUAAAAUUGCUUUCAUGUAUCCUGUGUUAGUGUUUGCCUUAACACUAUUGUUUAAGUAGAAAUACUCAGUGUCUAGGAUGAGAGAUAUCAAUUUUUUUACACUAGAGAAAUGAUGUAAAGAAUACAAAGCCUUAAUUAUACUCAACACAACAGGCUUUAUCUGUUUGAUAAAAUACCUACUUUUCAAAGUGGGGUUACACAGAUAUAGAUUUGUGGGGGGGGAAAUUGUUUUUGCUCCAUGUACACCAAAGCUGGGGAGUGGUGUGUUUGGCUAAACCUUAGUUACAUCAGCUUUUAUAUCAGAAAAAUUCCCAUUGGGGAGAAAGUUUUAUGCCUCGAAGUUUAAAACCAGUUAAGCUACAUAAUUUAUAAUUAGAUAUUUAAUGAUGCAAGUCAAAAGCUGCAUAUCAUUUCGCAAAAUGCUUGCAAGUAAUGUGACUAAGAAUACAAUUAAAUCUAGACUAGGGUGAGAGUCCUUAAAAACAAGUACUGUUGUAUUAUACAUCAUGUACCUACAUAAAAUAAAGUUAUACAGGAGCAGUG